AUGAGCGAAGGGCUCAAGCGCCGGCCGUCCUCGAGCGACCUCUUCGAUUGCAACAUCUGCCUCGACACCGCGACCGAGCCCGUCAUCACGAUGUGCGGGCACUUGUACUGCUGGCCGUGCAUCUACAAGUGGCUCGAGCUGCGCAGAGAGUCGGACGGCGCCUUCUGCCCGAUCUGCAAGGCCGAGAUCUCGUCCGACCGCAUGAUACCGUUCAACGCGUCUGCGGUCGGCGACGAGCCGGGCGGCGAGCAGCUCUCGCCGGAGCAGGUGCAGCAGGCCUUCCUCUCGCGGCUGCUCCUCUUGCUCGGCUCCUUUGUCAUCCUGUGCCUGCUGCUGUUUUGA